AUGAGAAGUUUAAAGUGUUCUGUGUCCUCUGAUAAUUUUAGCAUCAGCGCAAACCAGCUGAGGGUGUAUCUGGGUCGUCAGAGUCAGCAGGGGUCCAACCCAAACGAAGUCGUUAGGACCGUGGCGCAGGUCAUCGUUCAUCCUAGUUACAGCCUCUCAACCCUGAACAACGACAUCGCCCUGAUGAAGCUCUCCUCAGCCGUAACGUUCUCUGCCCACAUCUCGCCCGUCUGCCUGGCCGCCUCAAACAGCACCUUCUACAGCGGCGUUGACUCCUGGGUCACCGGCUGGGGCAACGUGGGCUUCAAUGUGCCUCUUCCUUCUCCUCAAAACCUGAUGGAGGUGGAGGUGCCGGUUGUGGGAAACAGACGGUGUAAAUGUAGCUAUGGAGUGAGCACCAUCACUGACAACAUGAUCUGUGCCGGCUUUACUGAGGGAGGGAAGGACUCCUGCCAGGGCGACUCUGGAGGUCCAAUGGUGAGCAAGCAGAACAGCCGCUGGAUUCAGUCAGGAAUUGUCAGUUUUGGAAAAGAUUGUGCUUUGCCAAAUUUCCCUGGAGUCUAUUCUAGAGUGUCCCAGUAUCAGGCCUGGAUCAACAGCCAAAUUACCAGCAACCCUCCAGGCUUCAUCACUUACACGUCCACCGGCAGUGACAGUGACCUCAGCGUCUCUUGUUCAGGUUUACCCCCAAUUAUCCCCCCAACCACCGCCACCACCACUACCACUACUACUACUCCAGCUACUACUACUACUACUACUACUCCAGCUACUACUACU